CUAACCUUGGCUCGACGUCAGAGCCUGUGCAGCAGUGCAGUAUAAUGGGAGCGCAAGCAACCCAGAGCGCCUCAUAGGGGGCUGCAUAUCGCUGCUGUAUCCUCUGCUUGGCGCUCUCUAGCCCCUCUCCAACCCUCUCCGGUACCUCACCUUAUAGCCCAUGCUUGGGCUCCCCCCUCCUCACUGGAUCCGUACCCUUCGAUAUGGAUGUCCCGCCGUCCCUCGACCCGGAGGAUUGUUGUUUCUUGGCGCAGUGAAGGAGGAGAAGGGGAAGGAAUCAUGCCGGGACUGCUAAUGGAUUUAGGGAAAGCGCAAGUGACCAUGCCGUGAUCUUGCGCAUCCAGGGCCGCCGUCACCCUGCCUUGCCCAACGACCGUAGAAGAAUUACGGGGGAAUCGAACCCGCGCACCGGGUGGAUUAAACCACUGUGCAUUUUUUUAUAAACAACAUGAAGAUUACCUCCCAUCAUCUGAUGAUAACCAGUCUCGUUUUCAGGUCCAACCUCAGGCUGAUCCCGCUUCUGCUGCUGUUUCUUGGUUACUCUCGCGGGAUGCCACACGUUUUAAGAUUUGGAGGAAUAUUUGAAUCCAUUGAGAGCGGCCCCUCCGGAGCAGAGGAACUAGCCUUUAAAUUUGCCUUGAACACAAUCAACAGGAACCGCACCUUGCUCCCCAACACCACGCUGACCUAUGACAUCCAGAGAAUAAACAUCUUCGACAGCUUUGAGGCCUCCAGGAAAGCAUGUGAUCAGCUUUCCCUCGGGGUGGCGGCCAUUUUUGGCCCCUCACACAGCUCGUCAGCCAAUGCGGUCCAGUCCAUCUGCAAUGCAUUGGGAGUGCCCCACAUCCAGACCAAGUGGAAGCACCAAGUGUCAGACAACAGGGACUCGUACUAUGUCAGCCUGUACCCCGACUUCUCCUCCCUCAGUAGAGCCAUCCUCGAUCUGGUGCACUUCUUCAAAUGGAGAACCGUCACGGUGGUGUACGACGACAGCACAGGUACAGGUCUCAUUCGACUGCAGGAGCUGAUAAAGGCACCGUCACGAUAUAACAUUCGUUUGAAGAUCCGACAGCUGCCCACAGAGACCAAGGAUGCCAAGCCACUUCUGAAGGAGAUGAAGAAGGCAAAGGAGUUCCAUGUCAUCUUUGAUUGUGGACAUGAGAUGGCUGCCUGGAUCCUAAAACAGGCCCUGGCCAUGGGUAUGAUGACAGAGUACUACCAUUAUAUUUUUACUACCCUGGACCUUUUUGCCCUCGACAUGGAACCGUAUCGUUAUAGUGGAGUCAACAUGACGGGGUUCCGCAUUCUCAACACAGAAAAUUCUCAGGUGUCGUCAAUCAUCGAGAAGUGGUCAAUGGAGCGGCUACAAGCCCCACCCAAACCGGACUCGGGCCUGCUGGAUGGAUUCAUGACGACGGAUGCAGCGCUGAUGUACGACGCCGUGCACGUGGUGGCGGUGGCGGUGCAGCAAUCGCAGCAGAUCACCGUCAGCUCUCUGCAGUGUAAUCGCCACAAGCCGUGGCGCUUCGGGGGGCGUUUCAUCGGCCUCAUCAAAGAGGCUCACUGGGAUGGAUUGACAGGACGUGUUCUCUUCAAUAAGACCAAUGGACUGAGGACCGAUUUCGACCUGGACGUCAUCAGUCUGAAGGAGGAGGGGCUAGAAAAGAUUGGAACAUGGGAUCCUCCCAGCGGUCUGAAUAUGACAGAGACUCACAAAAGCAAGACAUCCAACAUCACAGACUCUCUGGCUAACAAAUCGCUACGUGUUUCCACCAUACUGGAGGAGCCAUAUGUGAUGUUUAAGAAGUCGGACAAACCUCUGUAUGGGAAUGAUCGUUUCGAGGGCUACUGCAUCGACCUGCUGAGGGAGCUUUCUGGCAUCCUGGGCUUUCGCUAUGAGCUGCGAUUAGUGGAGGAUGGGAAGUAUGGUGCACUGGAUGAGAGCACAGGCCAGUGGAACGGGAUGGUGCGGGAGCUCAUGGACCAUAAAGCAGACCUGGCGGUGGCUCCUCUGGCCAUCACCUACGUCAGAGAGAAGGUCAUCGACUUCUCAAAGCCCUAUAUGACGCUGGGGAUAAGUAUCCUGUACCGCAAGCCCAAUGGCACCAACCCCGGGGUCUUCUCCUUCCUUAACCCCCUCUCGCCCGAUAUCUGGAUGUAUAUUCUGCUGGCUUGCUUGGGUGUCAGUUGUGUGCUGUUUGUCAUAGCCAGGUUUAGCCCUUAUGAGUGGUACAACCCGCAUCCAUGCAACCCAGACUCGGAUGUAGUGGAAAACAAUUUUACGCUGCUCAAUAGUUUCUGGUUUGGAGUUGGGGCUCUCAUGCAGCAAGGCUCAGAGCUCAUGCCCAAGGCCCUGUCAACUCGAAUAGUGGGAGGCAUCUGGUGGUUCUUCACCCUCAUCAUCAUUUCCUCAUACACAGCCAACUUGGCUGCCUUCCUCACUGUGGAAAGGAUGGAGUCGCCCAUAGACUCUGCCGAUGACCUGGCCAAGCAGACUAAAAUCCUGUACGGGGUGGUGGAGGAUGGCGCCACCAUGACCUUCUUCAAGAAAACAAAAAUCUCCACAUAUGACAAGAUGUGGGAGUUCAUGAACAGCAGAAGGCAAUCUGUGAUGGUCAAGAACGUGGAGGAGGGCAUCGAGCGCGUCUUGACCUCGGACUAUGCCUUCCUCAUGGAGUCAACCACCAUCGAGUUUGUCACCCAGCGCAACUGUAACCUCACGCAGAUCGGAGGCCUCAUAGACUCCAAAGCCUACGGAGUGGGAACACCUAUGGGCUCUCCGUACAGAGACAAGAUCACAAUAGCCAUUCUGCAGCUGCAGGAGGAAGGGAAGCUCCACAUGAUGAAGGAGAAGUGGUGGAGAGGGAACGGCUGUCCCGAGGAGGAAAGCAAAGAGGCCAGCGCUCUGGGAGUGCAGAACAUCGGUGGGAUCUUCAUCGUGCUGGCUGCAGGACUGGUGCUGUCAGUGUUUGUCGCUGUAGGGGAGGUCAUUUAUAAGUCUAAACAGAACGCCCAGCUUGAGAAGCGUUCAUUCUGCAGUGCCAUGAUGGACGAGCUGCGUGUGUCUCUGAAGUGCCAACGCCGUCUCAAACAGAAGCCUCAGCCGCCCGUCAUCGUAAAGACAGAGGAGGUCAUUAACAUGCACACGUUCAACGACAGGAGACUCCCAGGAAAGGAAACCAUGGCAUGAACGCUGGGCAUACCCCCAAACACGCCCCUCAAUUAAAACCAAGGAGGGGCUACGGGGGGUCAGAUUAAUGCUGACUUAACCACAGACUGAGGUUAGCAGUCAAAACAGGAUUCUUUUGAACCCACUUGCUUAUGUAGACAGAUGUUUCCUGUGGAAAUAUAGAUACCUGAGCAGUGUCACCUCACUGUGACGUUCACUUUUUGAAGGGAGCUGGAAAAAAAGGACUCAAAAGUGUGUAAAUUGAAAGAGGAUCCAAGCAGGUUUGGGACAAAACAUAAGUCUGGUCCCCUAGAAGUGGUCUAACACAUCACACACACACACACACACAUACACGUACACAUAAAACAUAUAGGCGCGCACACACACACACACACACACACACACACACACACACACACACACACACUCUCUCAUCUGACACCUGUGCAGAAGGGAAAACACUAUUGUGACAGUAACACCAGAUGUAGUUUUUCUGUUGAUGUCAAUGCCCUUUUGUCUUACCUCCAUGUGUGUGUGACCCCAUCGAUCCCUCCCUUCAGUGGCUUGAGUUUCUUUCAAAUGAUUUGAACAAACACUAAUCUCACACCAACAAAGGGAACGGUAGUCAGUGCCAAAUGGUUUACUAUGAACUGAUGUAUAAAAGUGAUAUGUAGUUUGGGAUCAUCUAUGCUGACCUUGUCAAAUACUCAUCGUUUUCUUCUGUAAUGCCUUUCUUGUGCCAAAGUUCUGCCAUUGUAAAGAACUUUCUACCAUGCCUAUUAUGUUCAAAGCCUCUGCAAGCAAUGUAUACUGUCAAAGUCCUUAUUCAUGUCUGUCCUUACAUGCGGUUGCAGUUUUCACUCUGUAUCAGUUGUUUAAAAUGCAGGAUUUCUACAAAAAUGUUUGUUUUUGUACAAGAACAAGAAGUUUUGUAGUACUUUGUAUCAUGGUAGCCCCUCCUGUGGACAAAAUAUGUAGCAGAUACCAACUCAGCCCACAAACUCUGUCAACUAUGGGGCUUCAAACUCUGCUGUGUAGGGUUCAUUUCUCUCAUCAAUCAGAGAUUCAGUCUUUUGUCUGUCAGUAUCGUGGGGCCAGCUGUAAAUACUGUCUGGGGACAAUGUGGUGGUUUUUGGUCGGUACGAACAAUAAAAAAAAAAACUGGUUCCUAGAGUAGGAAACGUGCUGACUCAUUCUAGAAAUUGGAACUCCGCUUCUGUCAACAAAGUGCUACUGACAACAAGUGUGAUUAACUAUCGGUAGCUAUGAUGAGUCACCAUGAAAGACAUAGUAAAACAUGCAAAUUGCUUGUUGCUUGUGUUAAAGAUAAACAUAACUGUAGUUGCCAGGCUGCAAUGCUGUUUCCAGACUACAUUUAGCCCUAGUAGACUGCAAAAACAAAACAAAAACACUAAUAUCAAGUCCUAAAAGUGUUCAUAGCACUGAUCACUUCUGUUUUUACAAAAAUAACCCUUUGAAAACUUUAUAGUAGACAAAAAAAUGUAGAUCUUUGCAUUGUGGACAGGCAGUUAAAAUUUAUAAUUGAAGUGAAGAAAACAAUCUCAACACAAGGUCAGUUUAGUAGCUGUUCUGGUGCUUUUGAUCGUAUCACAUAAUCUUUGUCAGCAAAUUAAAUAUGCCCAGUUGCAGUGUCAACUUGUCAUUGUCAACUUUUAAGCCGACAUGUAUGAGAACUCCUUAAAGUGCUCCGGAAAAAUGUAACAACUACCAUUCCAACUGGUCAAUUCUAUCUGCUCAGGAAGAUCAUGUGGUAUGAUCAAAAGCUCCAGAACAACUAAGUGAGACUGUGCAGAGACUGCUGCUGCUUCCAAGGUCAGGAAUGAAUUUUGGGCGACUUGUGAAUGUAUGUAAGAGUGCAGCUGCAGUACAUCUGACGCGGGAAUAAUCAGCAACUUUGAAGCACUUACAGUAUAGCUGUUUUCUUGUAUGAUCUCCAGAUAAUGUCCUGAGUUGGCCUUUCGGACAUUUCAUGGACUUUGUACUAGAGAGCUGGCUGUGUAAAGUCUGUUUAAUAUCUGGUCCAACUGAUGGGACAUUUGAGUUCUCACAUACGUGUGUGUAUGUCUCACCUUUGCUCCUGUGCCAGGUGUUGCUCCACUCAUGUUGCGUCAAGCGGACGGAGCAGAUCAUUUAUCCGCUAAUUGUCUCCAGAUGUGUUUUCUCUUCACAAAGUGACACAAUCACAUUUGGCCCCACGACACUUCUUGUUUGUUGACUCUGUUCCAUGUUGUGAAAUGACAAGCAUACUUGGUAGGUUUCUUCUUCACUGCCCCUGUUUUGCUAAACUAUCUGAGUUAGUCAUUUGAAUUGUUAUUCCAGGGAUUUCAGAGACAAAAAACAAACACCCACAACACAUGGGUCAACGCUAGUGAUGAUAUCUCUGCUGUACAUGAGUGGAUAUAGUUAAUGACUUAUUUAAAACAUCCACAUUUACACAUUAUGAAAGUUGACAGGGAAGACAUUAUCCUGAAACUCAUUGGCGUUCUACCAGUGUUGCUUGUCAUUUUACGCAGCUAAAUCUAGUGGUGUGAGUUGAAGUGAUUGAAUACCUGGAAACAUUUAUUAGAAGCGACUCCAAAGGCUUGGCUGUCCUGUCGAAAACAAAUAUGAGCUCAUGGAAUUUGACAUUGAUGCAAGGUUUUACAAAUAAUGUCAUUAAAAAUGUCAUAAUUGUA